UCAGGGUAGUAUGGUGAUUAUGAAAAAAAAAACUAAACAAUUAAAAUUCGUUGUAAUCGUGUGUUAGCCUGUUAGGGUAUAAAAGCCAAAGCCUUUGCCUGAUUUUGCUCGUCUGGUUCUCGCUCGCGAUCACUAUUCCUACGGUAUCUGCGACCUGGUCACGGAAAUUCUCCAGUUACCCGGUGGUGAGACGGCGCAGCUACAGGCGGAGGUGCACAAAAGCAUACAAUGGACCCCUCCAUAAUGAAGCUCCUCGAAGAAGAUGAGGACGAGUCUAUGCAUUCGGGGGCAGAGGUGGACGCGUUCCAGGCUGCAUUAAAUCGAGAUAUAGGAGGCGAUGCGUCGACCUCUCGGCCGUCUGAUUCAGAUUCUGUUACAGCAGCUUUGUCUCAAGGAAAAGAAAGCAAUCAUGCCUCUGUUCAGCCAAUUGUGCAGUGGCAAAAUGUGAGCCAAGAUGAUAAUAAGCAGUUCCAGUAUCAACAGGGUCUAGAAAGUGUACAGCAGCAAGAGCGGCCUUCAUCAGAGGUGGAGCUAAAGCAACUUGGAUCUAUUACCGAGAAUCAGCAGCCACAGAAAGACAACUCUGUCUCAGAGGAAUGCGACCAUCUUCUUCUACAGCAGAAACAAUCCCAAAAUGAUUCUCCACAAGCACCGGCAGAACAAACUCCCACUCAGGUUCCUCAAGCAAUUUCAAUGCAGAUUUCUGAAAAAAAUCCUAUCCCUGCUCAUGAACCUGAGAAAACACACAAUCAAGAUGGUGAAUCUCAAUUUUCAAAAAUACAGAAGAUGGGCAAUCAACAGGCAGUGGCCACAGAGCAGGUGGUUAACCCUAUGAAUCGUGGCAAACAAGUACCAUUUGGUUUGUUGCUUCCUACCUUACUACCGCAUCUUGAUAAAGACAGAGCCAUGCAGCUUCAUACUCUUUACAGUAAACUUAAGAAAAAUGAAAUUCCUAAAGAUGUUUUUGUCCGACUUAUGAGGGAUAUUGUUGGGGACCAGAUGCUUAGAUUGGCAGUAAGUAAGAUGCAAUCACAGAUGGAUUCCAGUCAGUUCCAAGCUUCUGCACGCCAACAACAGUUAAAGAUGCCAUCUCCUAGUGCUGGUGCCACACAAUUCUCUGAUUCCCAUUCAUUUUCACAACUUCAUCAUAAGGGUUCCAACUCUACUGCAGACCCAGCUCACAUUCCAGACUCAUCAGUUCAAAUGCAGGUUAGUUCAACUUAUGCGAUCAAAGAAAACAAUGCUCAAAAACCUAGAGAGCUGGAACGUCUGCCUGGUUCUCAUGGAAUACAUGCAAGCCAAAUGGCUUCCUCCAGUCCGAGCACUGUCAAUCAAGAGAGGGAACGCUCCGCUGUUCUUGUACAAGGACUUAACAAGCAGCAACAGCAACAUUUACACUUUCCACAAACUUCCUAUCCCAUGUAUGGAAGUAGUGGUGCAAAUUAUCACCCAUAUUCUGCAACAAAUGUCAAUCCUCCUGGAUCAUCUCUGAAGCCACAUCCUCAUGACUCACAAAUGAGGCAGAUUAGUCAUCAUCAGAACAUGGGAUCAGCUUCAUCAGGAGGGGCAAGCCAAGCCAUGAAUACAAUGAAUUUGCCUAAGUUUGAGAGGCAAAACUCUGUUAAUGAGCUGAGUAAAGUGCAGGGUGGUUCUAUCUCUCACUUUACAAACAGUUCAACAUCGCAACAGAAUAUAGUUCCUUGGCAACCAUCACCAAAUAAAGAGCAUAAUCCGAGCUCUUUGUCAUCAAUGGCAUAUGUAAAGCCAGAACCAGUUGAUCAGGUUAUUGAUCAGCAGCACAAAUCCCUUCCAUCUACCCCACAAGGGCUGUCUGUUGCACCUGUUGAACAGGGAAAUGCAAUUCCAGGAACAAUGAAGGAUGAGGAUUUUGAAAAGCAAUCUCCCAGAAUUGGUUUCUCAACAUCUACAAGCAGGCUGCCCUCAAAUUCAGUGUCUCCUUCCACAACAACACAGCAGGAUUCAAAUGUGCCGUUGAGUUCUCGGAUGCCUUCUGUGACAUCUUCAGCUGGAAUUAAUGCAAGGACACCUCCAAAAAAGCCUUCUAUUGGCCAAAAAAAACCUCUUGAAGCACCCUGUUCCUCUCCACCUUUGCCAAGUAAGAAGCAAAAGGUAUCUGGGGCCUUUUUGGAUCAAAGCAUUGAACAACUCAAUGAUGUUACUGCCGUCAGUGGAGUUAAUCUCAGAGAGGAGGAAGAACAAUUAUUUUCUGGGCCCAAGGAGGAAAGUCGAGUUUCUGAAGCGUCCCGAAAGGUUGUGCAGGAAGAAGAAGAAAGGCUGAUUUUGCAGAAAAAUCCCUUGCAGAAGAAAUUGGCUGAGAUCAUGGCCAAAUGCGGCUUGAAGAAUAUAAGUAAUGAUGUGGAACGAUGCUUGUCUUUGUGUGUUGAGGAAAGAAUGCGUGGACUCUUAUGUAACAUGAUCAGAUUGUCAAAACAGCGGGUUGAUCCUGAGAAAACUAGACACCGUACUAUUAUCACCUCAGAUAUUCGACAACAAAUUAUGAUAAUGAACCGCCAAGCUAGGGAAGAAUGGGAUAAGAAGCAAGCUGAAGCAGAAAAGCUUCGGAAACUAAAUGAACCUGAGGGUGAUGGUGCGGUUGGUGGCGAUAAGGAAAAGGAUGAAGUUCGUUCAAAAUCAGUUAAGGCAAACAAGGAAGAGGAUGACAAAAUGAGAACCACAGCUGCAAAUGUUGCUGCUCGUGCUGCUGUUGGGGGAGAUGAUAUGCUGUCAAAAUGGCAACUUAUGGCUGAGCAGGCUCGCCAGAAACGUGAGGGGGGUAUGGAUGUGGCAUCUGGUUCUCAGGGUGGAAAAGAUGUCAGUCGCAGAUCUCUAUCAACAUCUGGAAGGAAUUCAAAGGAUAAUCAAGAAACAGAAAACAGAGGCCCUGGAGCUCCAUUUGCUGGUACUGCUAGAAAGUUGGGAAGGAACCAAGGUGUGGUGCCUCAAACUGGGGUUGCCCGAACUAUCUCUGUUAAAGAUGUGAUUGCAGUUUUGGAAAGAGAACCCCAGAUGUCCAAGUCGAGUCUGAUUUAUCGGUUGUAUGAGAAAAUCAAACCGGGUUCUGAUGCUGCAACUGAAUGAAGAAUAAUGAUGCAGGGUUUUCCUUAAAUGUGGUGGCUUGUAGCUUGUAGCCUGUAGCCUGAAGUUCAGCAUCUCUAGGACAAGAGAGUCAGCAUCAAUUCUCCAGCUUGAGCUAAGUUAAUUCACAGUGGGAUUGAAACAUUUCUCCAUGGUUCUCUCCUUGUUCAUUGUCCCAUAAGGAACAAUGUUGAUUUGUACCGAAUGGUUCAAUUCCAGAUGUAAAGUUUUGAGCUUAUCAAAAUAUUUUUAUGUU